GACGAGACGGGACGUACUGGAAAACGAUACCACACGCUCGCAGUCUCCAAGGCCCAAACGCGAUUCUAGCGCGCAAACUUUUCGGAAACCGCUCCCGCGGUUCUGCUCCUCCUCCAACGGGAAAUCAAUAUUUUUGGCGGUGGAACACGCUCAACCCCGAGCGGGGGGAUGCUGCCCGUCAGAUUGAUUUUUAGUACCAUGCUCACUUCUCAUUUCACGAGCCAAAGACUUUUGCGUACUUUCUUUAAAACGGCUCUAGAACAAGUCUUCGUCGUUCAUAUUUUAUUACAGAAUUUUGCAUUUGAAAAUUAUAUAAAAUGAUCUAUUGUAAUGUAUUAAUAAUAUAUUAGGAUUCGAUCAUGAUUGCACGCGAGGAGUAAAUACUGUUUGCUUCCUAUGUAUGAUGUAAAUGUUUGAUGGCGAAUGACGACAAGUAUGAUUGUUUUGACGGAUAAGGCAGGGCUGGAAGUUAAAUAGGGAAGGCCGUGGGCGGUGCGUGGAGCUUUAUGUUCAAAUAGAGCGUAAAGUGGUGGUUUGGAACACGCUAAGUGGAUAAUAUCCCUUUUCCUGUGACACACUGAACGUCAUGAAAUGUCAUGGAAGCUCGUGUAAUAAGUCGCACGCGAACAAUACGGAAAGGAACGCGGACGAUUUCUUAUCGCCGUUCCAUCACCUCUUCCUUUGACCCACAUAUUUUUUAAGCUCUACAAGUAGAAUCGAUUGCAGAAAAAUGUCUCGCCUCAUUUUUUACAUAGACAUUCCGUAAUAAUUCUUAGGACUUCGGAGAGAUAAGAUAUGCGUUUCCAUUAUAAAAGAUGUAUUUAAUGAUUUGUAUCGUUUUUAUCAAUGAAAAUUAUUGUGAUAUCGAUUAAGGAAGUUCGAUUUGAAAAUCGUACCUACGAUUUUUCUUACCGUCGGACAGAGACAUUACAAUUAGCAUUCAACUCAUUUAGCGACGCGAGUCCCUGACACAUGUUGAGCAAUUAUAUUCCAAGUGAUAAAUAUUCCAUGCAUUUCUUUUAAGGAUUUAUCAAUGCAUUUUCAUCGACAAACAGCUACCCACGUAUAGAGACGACAAAUUUUCGAAAUAAAAUGAACUUAUCGAGUACGUCGAAAAUGUGGUAACACUGUUACGCAGUAAUGUAACGACAGUAUAAAUUUAGAAACAAGUUAAGUAGCUAUAUCGAUUUUGUCAUGCUCGGGUCGAAAGAAUAUUUUCCGAGUUCCAUCAGUGAAAAGUUGUUAAAUCAGAUUGAGUACUCCUAUCCGAUGCAUGUAUCAAUUAUUAGCAGAUUGUUUAAAAUGUAGAAAGUACUAUAGAAUAUUUCGUGAUGCGCUUCGAUUCUCCUAGAUAAUCCAUUCGUUGAGGUAUGAUCGUUAACCUUUCAAUCGGUAUCACUAUUAUUAAUAUUCAUUCAUGUUAUUCCUCAGGCCUUAUUCAAAUAGGAAAUGCUAAUUAAAUAUCUUAAUAUAAAUUGCGCAUUUCAAUUUCGGCUAAAGGGAUAGAGAAAGAUUGUACAUAUAAUCGUAAAAGAAAUUAAGAAUGCGAAUAAAAGUAAACGCGUUACGAGUACUGUUGCUUUUGUUUGUAUUUGAAAAAGAAUCAGAAGCUGCUACCAAAUGCUAUCAGUGUAAUAGCAAAAAGGACAAAGACUGCACUGUCAAUAUGGUGGAUGCUAGGUAUUUGAAAGCAUGUCCUUCGUCACAACCAUUUUGUCGGAAAGCUGUGUACAUAUAUUAUUUUAUGAAUACUCGAGACUACUUUGUAGUACGUGAAUGCGCGAAAUGGCGAAACGCUGAUAGGGAAUGCUAUAGAGGCCGUUACGUACGCGAUAGUUAUCAAUUCGUAUGCGAGUGCGAGGGUGCAGGGUGCAAUCAGUCUACAAGAUUCUCAUCGAAGAUUACGAUCUCCAUGUACGCGUUCUGCCAGUUCAUCAUUUUUUUGCUGAGGAACCCUACCUGACACGAUUAUGACACAAGGAAAAUUCAUUAUCACACAACACAAGAAACUCGUUAAGGACACGCGUACACAGUAGUUACGAGGUUCCAUGUUUUUCCCUAUGUAAAUUAUUCUGCACCUUGUGCCACGGAACAGUUAGAGGAGCGAUAAUAGCAGAAUGGUGUACAAGUAAAUAAGCUAUAAUAAA